CAUAAGCCAGAUUUCCGGUCGACAUUCUGGACCUACACCGGGAUGUGCGAGAAAUAGUGCCGGUGGAGGCUGACAAGAAGCCUUGACGCGGCUUCUCCCGCAAUUGGGUCCUAUCGUCCGUAGGCAUGGUCAGGGGGAUUGUUGGAGGAUGGCGCGGUUAGGCUGGCAUGCUGGCUGGCUAGCGAGCAGCGCAUAUAAUCCGCCUUCCGCGCGGUUUGCUUCCUCGUUGACCUUUCUCUGGAUACUCUCAUCCCCUCAAGUCUCCACUCGUCAAGGUCGCCCACCAACAACACACACUUACAGCCAUGGCCCCCGUCCCUCCUAGUUCCACCUCUCGCUCUGCACCAACCCUGCGGGGCUUCAUGCUCAGCUCCCCGACUCUCUUCUGGGCCGUCGUCGGCAUGCUCUCCCUCUCGCUCGUCGUCCUGCUCGGCUGGCUCUCCUUCAAGGUCUUCCGCUACCUCCGGCGCCCACGCGACGACUGUGUACUCCCGCUGCACUCCGCCAAGGAUGCGCCGCGCCCGCUCCUGCUCCCGGGCAUGCUCUCCCCAGGCCAUCGCCCGUCGCGGCCUCGGUGGUUCCUGCACGGUCUCGACGGCAGCCUCAUCCGCGACACGCGCGCGCUCUUCGCCGGCGCGAAGCCAACGCCGGCCUGGCUCUCCCGCCCGCGCACGCCCUCCGCCCCUCCGGCGGCCGACGUCGAGGCGCAGCGCCUGUCGCCGAAGAGCAAGCUGUGGGUCGAGGACGAGCGCAUGUGGGCCGCGGAAGUGGAGCGCAUCCGCAAGGACAUGCGCGAGCCCAUCCCGUGGGUGCUCUACGUCCCGACGGAGCCGAUAUGCCCCGUGCUGCCCCAGGACGACAACAAGGACGAGAAGGCCGACUGUGCGACGAGUCUCUUUGCACCCGUGCCCAUCGCCCUCCCCGAGCGCGCGCUCGUCAAGGGCGCGCCACCACUCGCCCCCGUCUCUACCAGCGCGGCGGUGACGACGCACAAAGACGCGCCCGGCCUGCCGCACUCGCCGAGCACGCUCGCCCUCGCGAGCCCACGCGUCUCGGACGCGCCUGCACUGGACACUAUCGCCGAAGAAGAGGACGACGAGGACGGGCCCGCGCUGCGCUCGUGCUUCUCGGAGGACUCGCUCUACUCGCAGGAUUCUGCCGACCGCCCGUUCUCCGCCCUUGCCGCACUCGCCGCGCUCGCCCUUCCGUCUGCCCCCACGUCGCCAGCGUCGCCGGAACCCGCGCCUGCGGGGGACGUGGUGCCCGCGAUCGUGAUCUCGCCCUGCGUCUCGCUCCCACUCCCGGGCGCGUCCACGCUUGACGAGGGCCUCGCCGCUCUGAGUGCCGCGCUCGGCGGCGCGUUCCUCCGGGUGCCUGGCGACGACGACGAUGACGAUGAUGGUGCGGCGCCGCGCAUACCGCCUGCGUCGCGGCCUGUGCUGGGCACCGUGACGCGCAACGCCUCACGCCGCCGCGGGCCUGCUGCUACUCCUGCGGAUGGGAAGGCGCAGACCGGUGGUGGUGGUCGGCCCCGGGCUGGCUCGCUUCGUGGGAAGGAGAACGCGAGGCCGACGUGGCGCUGAGGUGGUCUCUUCUGGUAUCGGUCUCGGGUCUCUCUUGGCAAACGACGGUUCUUCGCUCUCUCGGUCUUCUGGCAUCUUUCGACUCCUCGCUCUCAAUCUCGCUCUCGCUCUCGCCUUUGCUCUCGCUGUCACUCCGACUUUCGCUCUGCUCGCUCGCUCUCUGUCUCUUUUCAAAUCAUCGUCGCUCGUCUCUGUCUCUCGCUUCCGGUCCCUAUCGCUCUCAAAAACAGAAAACCCACAUACAGGAUUUCUUUGGUGGAAAAGUGGUGGAAACUGACAUCUAAACAGUAGAUAAUUGUAGAAAUUCGAACAAAAAAUGACUUGUAGCCUAUAGUGUAAAAGAAUUAUUUGUAUUUAGCUGUACCUAUUU